CGAUAGAGUUGGAUGUUUAGCAAUAUAUUAAAAAAAAUAGUAGAUAAUUAAUUCCAACAGAUAUAAUGUUUGCUCAUUGGUACUAUGCUAAUAUUUUAAUUUGGUGUAUAGCAAGAAAAACGGUCUUUUGGAUUUUCAUACUUUCAUAUGUGGUGAUGCAAGAUCCCGUAGCAAAUUUACCCCAAGGACGAAUAGUUGGGAUAAAAGUAUAUACUGAAAAUUCUCUAAAUCCAGUAGAAAUAUUCUUUGGCGUUCCUUAUGCAACUUCUCCCACCGGGCGAUUUAGAUUUUCCGCGCCGGAGCGACAUUCAGGGUGGAGGAGAACAUUUUUUGCUCAUCGGAUGCCUCCACGUUGCCCUCAAACUGAUGACGAUAAUAAAAGAGAAAGUUACAGCGAAGAUUGUCUUUACCUAAACAUAUGGACGUCACGGCGUCCUGAUGGAAAGUCGAUGCCGGUGGCUAUUAUACUAUACAGCGAGUCUUGGGAUCGCGUAGGAGUCUCACUACCGUGCCAGGAGUUGGCUGCUGAAGGCAUUGUUGUCGUCACAGUGUCGUAUCGUCUGCAUUUACUGGGGUUUUUUACUUUACGGUCUCUUUCUGCUAGAGGAAAUCUUGCUUUGCUUGACCAGUACAUGGCCUUUUUAUGGGUUCGCGAUAACAUAUCGGCAUUUGGAGGAGAUCCGUCAGCAAUAGUUCUUAUUGGACAUUCUGCUGGAGCGGAUAGCGUCUUGCAUCAUAUUGUGUCGCCACGAACAGCUGGACUGUUUCAAAGGGCGAUAUUAAUGUCACCACGUGAAAUUUGGAAGGCUGUGGAUGAAAGCAAAGCAGUAAACGCUUCAGAAAUUGAACAACUGUCUCGCUCAGCGGCUAAAAUGCUCGGGUGUACGAGCACUAUAGAUCAGGAGAUAUUACACUGUAUGCGAGAAAGACCAGUAGCUGAUAUAGUUUCUUUGUAUUCGAAUGCAAAUUGGAGCAAGGUUUUAAAAUUAAUAACAGACGAUUUUCUGCCAACUUCAGAACAGUACUUACCAAUUUCAUUAGCAGCUGCGCUUUCGGCUUCCAAUCAGCCUACGAUGCAACUUGACUUGCUUUUUGGAUCAACGGACUUAGAAGAUGUAAACCACAGUGAUGAUUAUUAUGCAGAUCUAAGCCAACGUUCCCUUUCAUAUAUUGCUGAAUAUGCAAAUACAAAGAAAAUACCAGAGUUAUUGAAAUUCUUUUCAUUGGACCAAAGUGAUGCAGUUCCAUUGUUGGCACAUGCUAUUCGCUGGGAAUAUUGGGGUGCCAAAGGAAGAAAAGACACUGAAAGAGGAACUCUAAAUGCUAUAGAAGGGCUGGCUAGAAUGGAAUCUUCAGUUAAAUGGGGUGUUGGUAGUGCUUUGUUAGCUGCUAGAUUAGCUCGGAAGUUAUCACGCCUUUAUGUCUAUCGCUACCUACAACCAGGUAGCGUUGAUCUCCAAGGAAAUCGUCUGAAUUUUACAGGCGCUGUGCAUGGUGUUGAUUUAAUAGCUCUAUUAGGAGACGCUCUGAUGCUACAAGUGGCACGUCAAUCAAGUUCUCAAGAUCAAAAGCAAAUCACUUCAUUAUUUCGCCAAUAUAUCAUAAAUUUCAUAAAAUUUGGAUCACCAACAUCUGAAAAUGUUUGGAAGAGAUAUAAGGUUGGAGAUGCUUAUGUACACGGUGUACACAAUAAUGGAAACGAUAUGGUCAAUACCAACAAUGUCAACAGAGAUACUACAUUUUGGCUUCAGUACUUGCAACAGCUGAAUAGCUAUUUUUCUACAUCUAUUCAUACAGAACAACUAACAUCACAAAAAGAUGAUUACAGACUACGUGGUGGUAUCUUCGCAAUGUGUGGAGUUAUAUUAGUUUUAUUACUGCUUUUAAUAGCAUGUGCUAUACUUUUACAUAAAGAGAGAAAUUAUCGCUCGUCUAUCGCCAAUGAAAUCCACAAUUGAUUUUGUUUUGCUUGUAAUGAUGUAAAAACAUGGAUAAACGUUUGAAUUCAAA